AUGGCCGAAACCGCGAGCAAUGCAGACUCGAACCAGAAACUGAGCGCCCCAAAGGAUAAGAACUGCCCAUACUGUGGCCAGGCAUUCACCUCUUCCUCUCUUGGCCGACAUCUCGAUCUCUACAUCAAAGAGAAGAACCCUAAGCCCCCAGAUGGCAUUCACGAUGUCGACGCGAUAAGGCGCCUAAGAGGAGGCAUUACACGGAGACAACCCAGGGGGUCACUGGGCGCUAGGAACGCCUCAACCCCGACGGGCACACCGAGGGCAGCCCCAGCCAAGGGCGAUCCCGCCACACACGAUGCUGAACUCCACCAGUCUCCCGCCCUGCCUAAGGACGGCCAAUAUGCUGUAGAUUCCACGCUGAGCAAAUACCCCUGGACUCCUUCAUGGGAGGCUACCGGCGUAAUCAACAACAUCCCUCCUAAUGGCGAAACUGCUACCUCGACAGACGGAGAGGGUAGCCAGAAUGCUGGAAAGAGACAGAGACAAGUGAGCAAGCAAGUGAUGCAAAAGGCGAAUUUCGAUCAGAAGCACAAGCUAGCCGACGCCCUUGACACCGCUCGUGCUGCAGAGCUUGCCUACAGAGAGCUCUACAGCUCGUUGAGGGCUGCUAAGCAACAUAUCGACAAUAAUUCAAUGCCUUUUGACUUUGAUCCCCUUGCUCUUGACUUUCCCGCACUAACCCUACAAUGCCUCGCCUCGCCGCCUACUCUCUUUUCUUCUACGCAACAUCCCACGUCCACUUCCUGGUCUGUACAGUCGCCUGGCCAGAGAGAAUACGACGCCUUGAGAGCUUUCUUCCAAGAAGAGUUCAGUAACUGGAAGCUUGCCUGCGCGGCUGCUACCACAGCAGCAAUAGAGGAGUUGACCUAUCCUCCACGUGACGGUCCGUUUCGUGAUAGCCGCGAUGCAGUCAAGAAGGCCGAAAAGUCUGCCGAAAACCUCGAGAAACAGGUAAACGAGCAUUUGCAGUCAGCCUUUUCCGUGUGGAACUCUCUGCCGCUUCAACGGCGCAAUGAGCUGUGGCUUUUAGAAAUGGCAAGGAGCGUGGGCAGGAAACAGACUGAAAUAAGUAAAAUGAAGGAUGCUCAACACAAGUUGGAGCAGGAAAAUGCCCAUUUGAAAUCUCAAAUCGACCAGCUGAACCGCCUUCAACAGCCACGAGAGUUCAAACUUUUCGCCCCGACUAUGAUCCCCUUUGACAGGCAACUCAUGACCCAUGUCUUGGAAACGGGCUUGAGCGGCGGCGUCCGUAGUGUUGGAUUGCGCCUGGAGGAUAGACACUUGGAUAUCAACGACGUUGUUGUUCAGAGCAUUGAGCGGUGGAAGACAGUUAUCACAUCGGCUCGUGCUGCGACUAGUGGUAUGAAUGCCCAGAGGUCCUUGGAUCAGAUGGGCAGCAACACGACGACGCCCACGCCUACUCCUCAACAGCAACAGCCUCAGCAGCAGCAAAAUCAGCAGCAGCCACAGCAACAGGUUCAAUCACAACAGCAGCAACAACAACAACAAGCACAGCAACAAAUGCCACAGCAGGCUCAACAGCAACCCAUACCUGUACAACGGCAAUCAACGACAAGCACUAAUGGUCAUAGUGAUCAAGGUGCGUCGACUAGCGGCCCGCCUUCGAUUGAUGAAAACAGCGACCAGGAUGCCGACGCAGAUGCUGAUGCGGAUGCGGAGAUGGAGGAUGAUGAUAGUUUCGCCGUUAUGAACACGCCGACUACAAAGCCUAUGCCACAGCAACCAAUGCAACGGCAGGCUACUCUCGAUGUCCCUCGGACGAGACAGGUGCAGAGAGGUGCUAGCGAUGCGCGGUUCAUACCGCAGAACGGAAACCCCAAUGCGAAUCGGGGCGCGAUCAAUAUGAGUCGCUCGAUGCCGAACAUGCAGGCUACGAUGCAGGGCAUGCAUGGCGGUGACAUGGGCAUGGUCAUGUCCCAGGUACGGGGUGAUCCGAUGUAUAUGGAUUGA